UCUGCCCCUCCCUCCCCCUAACCUAACCUCCCCACCCCAGUAGGAGCUGGUGGAAGAAAAGUCAGGCGAACACAAGCACCACGGGGCAUCCGGACUCCAGCUGACUCUUGCUGCCGGCUCUGCUGAAGGGUGGGGGAGGAAGUGGAGGGAACCUUGCCGGGACUAAACCCAGAGCCCAGAGGAGAGGCAGGUGUGCAGAGGUGCAUUACUUGGAUCAUGAGGUCAUCCCUCUGCUGGCUCCUCCCACUUCUCCUCAUCUUGGCCUCAGGGGCCCAAGGCCAGUCAACGAGACGACCAAGACCCAGGCCCAGGCCAAAACCCAGACCCAGGCCCACACCCAGCUUUUCUCAGUCCCCGGAACCAUCAGAGCCAACAGACCUGCCCCCUCCCCUCCCCCCGGGCCCACCAUCUAUCUUCCCUGACUGUCCCCGGGAAUGCUACUGCCCCUACGACUUCCCGUCUGCCCUCUACUGUGACAGCCGCAACCUCCGAAAGGUCCCCGUCAUCCCGUCCCGCAUCCAUUACCUCUAUCUCCAGAACAACUUCAUCUCCGAGCUCCCGGUGGAGUCCUUCAAGAAUGCCUCAGGCCUGAGGUGGAUCAACCUGGACAACAACCGAAUUCGCAAGAUAGACCAGAGGGUGCUGGAGAAGCUCCCCAGCCUGGUGUUCCUCUACAUGGACAAGAACCAGCUGGAGGAGGUGCCCGCGGCCCUGCCCCGGAACCUGGAGCAGCUGAGGCUGAGCCAGAACCAGAUCUCCCGGAUCCCACCCGGCGUCUUCAGCAAGCUGGAGAAUCUGCUGCUCCUCGAUCUCCAAAAUAACAAGCUGAGUGACGGCGUCUUCAAGCCCGACACCUUCCAGGGCCUCAAGAACCUCAUGCAGCUCAAUCUGGCCCACAACAUCCUGAGAAAGAUGCCCCCCAAGGUGCCCCCGGCCAUCCACCAACUCUACCUGGACAGCAACAGGAUCGAGACCAUCCCUAACGGCUACUUCAAGGGCUUCCCCAACCUCGCCUUCAUUCGGCUUAACUACAACAAGCUGUCGGACAGAGGGCUCCCCAAGAAUUCCUUCAACCUCUCCAACCUGCUCGUGCUCCACCUGGCCCACAACAAGAUCAGCAGCGUGCCCGCCAUCAACAACCGGCUGGAGCACCUGUACCUCAACAACAACAGUAUUGAGAAAAUCAAUGGGACGCAGAUUUGCCCCAACGAUGUCCUUGCCUUCCACGACUUCUCGUCGGAUCUGGAGAACGUUCCCCACCUCCGCUACCUGCGGCUGGACGGGAACUACCUGAAGCCGCCCAUCCCCCUGGACCUCAUGAUGUGCUUCCGCCUGCUGCAGUCCGUCGUCAUCUAGGCUUCCUCUGCCCCGGGCCUUCUCUGACCACCCCUGAAUGCCGGCGGCCAGUGCCCACCAUUUGUUUCCUCUGUCUCCCUUUCUUUGCCUUUCCUCCCACCCCGCCCCCCUUCCAUAGCCACUGCACCUGCAGCCUCUGGAGCAAAUCCUCUAAGGCCUCGCCUUGGCCCCAUCCAGCUCAAAGACAACAGUGCACACCCAAACUUCUACACCCCCACCCCCAGCACAGAUAUGUGUCUGAAGAUGUCAUAUCCCCUUCUCUGUCCUCCUCCCACAUCACUCCUGGGUAAGUCUGGGACUGGCAUCUGGAUUGGUCCUAGCCACAGCGAGCAGCGCCACCCAGAGGUGAGGUUUGGAAAUUCCUGCUGGAGACUCCACUGUGGGUAGCUCUGGCCUAAAGAGACUGAGAAACCCAGGGCCUGGCCAAGGACCCUGUCUUCCAAAACAGCUUCCCCACCACCCUGUUCCCUGGCACCAGACAUCAGUCACCAGACUCUCUGCUUUCCUCUGUUCUCCAGAAGGGAAGUGCAAGGGAAUGGGCUGGGGUGAGGGUUGGGGAGAAGGUCGGGGUGCCCACAGGGCCUACAUCUGGCCGUCUCUUCACAGGGAUGAGCUGGAACUGCCACUUCCUCCUUCUCCAGGGAGCACAGCAAAUGCACCUCUGGCUGGGCCUCUCUAUUCCAAGAGACUGAGCAGGGAGGGACGGUCAAAGACCGGUUCAAGGAACUGGGAGUCAGCCAGCAGGAGAGGGGUGGGAGUCAGGGCUUGAGGACAAGCCCCCGUGGGUGCAGGGGGGGUCCUGCUGCUCCUGUGGCCAUUCUGGGCAAGAGGCCUAAGACCCUGCGGAACACAGUGUACUGGACGGAGGGUACAGAGCGCUGUCCUGCCCCACCAUCUGUUCUCUGUCAGUGUGGAGAGGCCCACCCUUUCCACCCCUUGAACAGACCCUGGGAAACCCACAAGAAAGGGAGGAGCAUGUGGAAAUCUCCCAGAAGCCUCUCCGGCAUGUGCACAUGGGCCUCUCCUAGGAGACAGACACAUCAGUGACACCUGGUGGCCAGUACAGGUCACAGCGGACUCCUAGCUUCCUCCUCACCUCUGGGGUGGUUUCCCAAGGUCACAGAGCUGGUCUCAGGUUCCAGCUAAAAGGCCACAGCUUGCACAUGGUCUCUCUCUCUUCUGGGGCUUAAAAGGCACUGAGACAGGGCUGAUACCCAUGAUGAGUUAGCAGAAAGGGGGACCCUGGGGACCCCAGGUGAGGAGGAUGCGGUUUGCUGUCUACCUUUGCAGGUCCCUUUCGCUCUCAACCCACGCAUCUGUAAAACAAGGGGGUGAUAAGGUGCUGCUCCCAGGAGCCUCCAUGCUCAUGUUCCCGUCUGUGGCCCCACUCUUCAGACCAGACUAGUCCAACGCAGUAUCCCCUUCCCUUGCAGUAAUUUAUUCCCUCCCCCAAGAUCCCCGCCUCCCUGCCUGGCCAGGGGGAUGGCGUGGCAGACCUCCUAGUAGAGCCGGGACGCCAUAGCUGACUAUCCUUCCCCUUCCCCGUAACUCCCCGUAAGCCAGGAUGAGAAAAGCUCAAGGGUGGGGGGUGUUUAAAAGUUAGAUUAAGCUAGGUCCCUCACUCCAAGAAAUUCCCAUUAUUCUUUCUCAACUUUCCCUUGUGCUGAUGAGCAGAAAAUGUUUCAUCAUGGCUGCCUUCCCGUCCCACACAACUGCCUCAUUUUCCCGGGCUGCAGCUGCUUUCUCCAAGGCUCCUGCUUAAAGUCAGUAUAUUGCUGUGGCUGGAGCGACCUGGUGCUAGGGCCUGGGUGAGCCCCACUUCUUCGCCUUCUUCACACCUCCCAAUCUCAGCCCUUCUGUUGAGGCCCUCAGGGGAGCCUGGCUCCUGUGGCCAACACCCCCCUCACCCCCAUGCUCCCGCAAAGCUGAACUGUCCAUGCAGCGGUGACAUAAUCACCAUCACCCCAUUGCUGCCUCGUCUCCUCAGUGGCACCCUGCAGCUGGGAGCCAAAGGGGACUUACAGCACCCACUGCCCCCAUGUGCUGAUUCCCCUUGGGGUCAAGGAAGCCACCUCCUCCACAACAAGUUUACUCCCUCGGCCCUGUGGGCACCUACACACAGGUGCAUAGUAGCUGUGUACAUGUUCCCUGUGCAUAUAGUCAUUCUUUCUGCAAGGCCAUGUUACUCUGUGAAAAGCUCUCACAUUACAACACGCUUUGCAGCAGAGGAAAUAAAGUAGUAAA